CCCUAGGUUCCCUGGAGUCUCCAAUCCUCCAGACCAGUGGCAUGGGGGCAGCUGUAGGAAUCCCACCAGCUCCCUCCAUAGAACAGUGUUCCCCUGGGACCUCUCACCUCCACGCCCCUCCCUGCUCUACCUUCGAUCAUCUCCCAACCCAUUUUCCUAAGGUGAGGUGGAGGGUUCCCAACCCGCUUGAGACAGGAGGAACUUCCCAAUGGACAAGGCAGGAAAGGAAGGUGGGAGGGGGUGGAGGCAUCCGCUUCAGGGGAGGAAAGAACCAGGAGAAUUUCCAGAAUGUCAGCUGGCAGAGGGAUGGGUGGGAAAACCUACUCCCACAGACUCCAAGUAGGCGUGGACCCGCUCGCCCUCGGCCACCUUAAUUUCCAGGGAUGCUUUCUGCUCAGGCCAGACUGGGGACCCCCAGAAGCACCUUCCCCAGGAGCUGUCAGUUUGUCCGUUGACACCCUGGGAAAGGGAAAGCAAGAGACCCAUAUGACCUCUGGAGUGGGGGGACAAGAGUGUCUCACCAGCUGAGGUGUCUGGGAUCCCGAGCCGUCCUGACCCCCUCCCCGAUUCCACUCUCAGGAGGGUCCCUGCUUACAGCAGGGUCCAUGGACCCAGGAGCAUAUUAGAAAUCCACACUCUCAGGCACCAUCCAGCCCCACAGCAUCAGAAUCUGCAUUGCAGAGAGAUUCCCAGGGGAUCCUUAACGUUUGAGAACCUCGGCAAGCAAGCAGGUGCUGUGCCUUAGGAGCCGUGCAUCAGGAGGCUCUUCCUUGGUGAGCUGUCUGGGAAGUGAGGCGGCCACUCCAGCCAAGCCUCCACAUGGCCUCCAGCCCUUCUGGCCUCCUAAGUUCCAGCCGAGAGCAGCCCUCCCUCUGCCCGACUUCCCCCGAGCUGCAAACCCAGAGUCAGGUCACCCAAGCUGGUCUCCAGUGCACACACGAUCCUGCCCGUGCAGGGACCAUCUACGCCAGGAGCGGGCCCACAUCCCGCAUCCCCCCGACACUCUGCCCUCAGUGACAGUGGGAGCUGGCCCGGAGUGCCAGCCUUGACCCCAUCUGGAAGGCUCUAGGAUAUGAACACUUCCUCCCGCGGCCCUGGCCUGCAUCAGGCAAGAUCCAGCCGUGGGGGCCCACUCCCCAUCCUCCCCCCAUCUCACCGCCAUGCCUCCCGCCAGUCUGGGUACAGACAAGAUCCCACUAUCCAAGGGCCCGGGGUUCGGUAACUCAGUGGACACUGACAGAGCACUUGCGGGUCGGAGGCCAGUGCUGGGCAGGCCCCUGGGGAGCCGGCCGGCCAUGAACCAGACGGCGGAGAUUCCUGACGCCUUCGAGCUGCCACUCUGAGGGGAAGACAGAUACUGAACGCCGUGGAUAACUUCUUUGCCCCCCGUGGAUGCCCUUGCCAGCCCUUCUGGAACAGUCCCAGCCCUCCAGGCCUGGGCCCGCUCGGCAAACCCCCGCUGAGAAAAGCACAAUCCCAGGUCUCCCCACACUCGCAACCAGCUACCUGGGCCACAGAGCUACGGGUUUGCGCAUCUCCUCAAGGUUGACCAGGACCCACCAAUUAAUUACAUUUUCUCACGUCUUCUCUUGGGGAAACCUCCGAUCCCGUGAGCCCUGAACAGAGAGCCCAUCCUGUGUGCGUCCCCCCGCAGGGGCAGGGUAUGGGACCCACCUGUAGGUGGCUCAGCCCCAAGCCCUGGCCCGCAGGAGACCCCCAGAGGAGGCCGGCCUGGCCCUCGGGAUGGUGCGGGGAGCUUCCUGCCGGCGGGCCGCCCCAGGGUCCUGCCUCAGUCUCCGCUCGCCCCUCGAGUCUCCCCGCUUCUCUUGCCUUCCUCCUUCGCCUCCUGCCUCAGCAGCACCCGCCUCCCACCAGGCCCAGACGCGGCCCUCGCUGCCCCCCCCGGGAGGACCAUGCAGUGCAGCUGCACAGUCGAGGGCGCCCCUGCCGGCCCGGGCAGCCCCUGGAUCUCAGGCGUGGCCUUCCCGGACUGGGCCUGCAAGGCCGAGGCGUCCCCGGGCUCCCGGCAGGUCCGGCGGUGGCACUUCAUCCUGGAGCCACUGCGGAAGGAGGAGUUCCGCCACGUCCUCGCCUGGCAGCAGGGGGAGUACGGGGAGUUCGUCAUCAAGGACCCCGACGAGGUGGCCCGCCUCUGGGGCCGCAGGAAGUGCAAACCCCAGAUGAACUACGACAAGCUGAGCCGGGCCCUCCGAUACUACUACAACAGGAGGAUCCUGCACAAGACCAAAGGCAAACGGUUCACAUACAAGUUCAACUUCAGCAGGCUGGUUGUGGUCAACCACCCUCUGUGUGAGGUGUGGGCUCCGCCUCCCCCCCAAGUGCUGCUGGGGGCCCCCGCCCUCCUCUGGCCAGCCCUGCUGCCCACGGGCUUGCCCAGCGAGCUCCUGCAUAGCCUGCUGCUUGCCCAGCGGGCCACGGCUGAGCAGCCGGCUGGACACCAGACCCCCCACGGGCUGCCAGAGGCCACUGAGGACAAGAAGGGGAGCAGCAGCGGCGCCCCCCGCCUUGGCUCUCUCCCGGGCCCCUGCCAGCUCAGCCCUUGCUGCCUCCUGGGGAGCCUCCAAGACCAGCCACCCAGUCUGACAUCCUUCGCCCCUCCCCUCCCACCCUCCCUCCCUGCUGACUGGGCCCACUUCUCAGGGCACUUCCUGCCUCCUGUCCCCCCGGAGCAGCCGUUCCCAGGGGCCUCCAAGCCAGACACCCUGCUCCCAGGGCCCAGGGGCCUCACAGGGACCCACCCCUUUCUGGGACUCCCCCUGUCGGCUGGGCUGGGACAGGGGGUUGGUGAGAGGCUCCGGCUCUUGUCGCUGAGGCCCCAGGGCCUGGAGGUGAAGCCCUGUCCCAUGACAGGUGCAAAGAGACACCUGGACCCCAGGGACGGCUUCUCCUCAGACAUUCACGAACCCAAAACUGGGGACAAAAACCUCAUGUCCCCCCGGCUGGAGAACUUCAAGGCAGUGUGGCCCUUGGACCCUCCUUAGGUGGGGAAGAGAUAGGGGGUGGGGGUCCCCCAAACUCCAUCCCUCCUCUCGUCUGCUUCCUUUCUGGCUUUGCCUGGCCCAGCUUUGAAGGGGUGGAGCUGGACAAAAGGAGGUGGGGAGCAUUGCAGGGGUGAGGAAGAUUGAGGCAAGCCCCCCCUUCCCACCCAGUUGUCAAUCAGAUUAAGGAGACAGUCUUCAUCUCCACUUUCUUCAAGGGGCCCAGCCCCCCAGCUGCCCACACAAGGGAGAAAGUGGGCGUCUGGGUUGGGGGUCAGGGGUCAGCAUGCCCUGAGUGUUAGGGCCCAGGCCCCUCCUCCAGGCCCCACUCCCAGUCUCUGCCCCGCCCUCCUCACACUCCUCCACCAGCCCUGGGAGCUCCUGUCCACGCAGACACUUCCUUCUGUCGUCACCUCCCCCCAACUCCUAAGACCCAAGGGCCUGGGGCAGGGAGGGACUGGCCUCAUGGGUUCUGUAAUUCUGCCCAGCAGACCUUGAAUAAAAUGCCCUUGGCCACCUG